CUAUACAUAAUCUCAUCCCACACUUCAAAGUUCAAAUAUAUAAAUUUUAUUUUUUAUUAAAAUUUUCUAAAGACUGUCUCCGACAUCAAGCAAGCUCUCUGUUCACUCUCCAAAAAUAAAAAAUGUCGCUGUUCACCAAGCUUUCCAAACGCACCCACACGAUCACCCUCAAUUCUCUCGUCCACCGCCUCCGCUGCAUGAGCAACAUACCGGAAAACACUGUCUACGGCGGCCCUAAGCCGCAGAAUCCAAACCAACGAGUAACUCUAAACACCUUGAAGCAAAAACAUAAAAAAGGUGAGCCAAUCACUGUUGUCACCGCUUAUGACUAUCCCUCCGCCGUCCACCUCGAUACCGCCGGAAUUGACAUUUGUUUGGUCGGGGAUUCAGCUGCUAUGGUGGUUCACGGUCACGACACCACUCUGCCUAUCUCUCUCGAUGAAAUGCUCGUCCACUGCCGCGCCGUGGCUCGCGGCGCUAAGAGACCGCUUCUCGUCGGUGACUUACCUUUUGGUACAUACGAAUCGAGCGCCAUGCAGGCAGUUGAUACGGCGAUCAGGGUUUUGAAAGAAGGAGGAAUGGAUGCAAUUAAGUUGGAAGGAGGUUCGAGUUCGAGAAUUAGUGCUGCUAAAUCUAUUGUUGAAGGUGGAAUUGCAGUUAUGGGUCAUGUUGGACUUACUCCUCAAGCUAUUAGUGUUCUUGGUGGAUUUAGACCUCAAGGCAAGGAUAUUUCUAGUGCUAUUAAGGUUGUGGAGACUGCAUUGCAAUUGCAGGAAGCAGGGUGUUUUUCUGUUGUUUUGGAGUGUGUACCUCCUGCUGUAGCCGCUGCAGCGACUGCUGCUCUUCGGAUUCCUACUAUUGGCAUUGGAGCCGGACCUUUUUGCAGUGGCCAGGUGUUGGUUUAUCAUGAUCUCUUGGGCAUGAUGCAACAUCCACAUCACGCCAAGGUUACUCCAAAGUUCUGUAAGCAGUUUGCGCAAGUGGGGGAUGUAAUAAACAAAGCUCUGCUCGAGUACAAGGAAGAAGUAACAAAUGGUUCAUUUCCAGGAGCUGCACACAGUCCAUAUAAGAUAAAUGCAGCUGAUAUGAAUGGUUUCUUGACCGGACUACAAAAGUUAGGUUUGGACGAGGCAGCAACAUCAGCAGCUGCAGCUGUUGCCAAAAUGGCAACUGCUGAAUUGAUUGAAUAAUCGAGUUCAGCAAAUGACCGAGGAUGAACUAAUCGAGCGAAUCUCAUGUUCUUCUAGGCAGUUUUGUUUCAGUUUUAAUCAGUAAGAAGAGAAUAACUAAAUUUGUCAUAUUUUGAGAAGAUAUGCCGGAAAUUAUGUUGCAAGUGGUCUUAGAAUUUCAUUCUGUAAUGCAAUAAAAGCUGUUUAGGAACUUAGAUUACAUAAACCUGUGAGUAGCUAUGUUUAACCAAUAAUCAGAUAGCAAAUUCAAGUUUUA